UACGAGAAACCGAGCGAAGCUGUGGAAAGAGAAGAUACACCAGACUAACAGGCAGUCUUGAGUGGGGGAGGUUCCAAGGACUAAGUGGAACACAAUGUGGAAUGGAUCGAGACCCGGUCCUCGAGGAGGGAUGCCCUUCCGCGGGGAUCCUCGAGGGGAGAUGUUUGAUGGUCGCGAUGGCCCGAUGCCUGAUUUUAGAGGCAGAGAUGGUAUGAAUAUGGGCUUCAGGCCACAGGACCGACCUCCUAUGGACAUGAGAAGGUUUGACUUUCCCCAGAAUAUGAGGGGUCGUGACAUGGACCCUCUUCCCAUGGACAUGAGAGGUCGAGAUCCUCCUAGAGAUUUCUUCAGGCCAGGAGAUGAGCCUGACAUGAGUCUCAGAAGAAGGUAUGAGAUGGAAUUAAGAAACAACAUGCCAAACACUCCUGGUUUCAUGGGACAAGGCAGGCAGCACGGGGACAUGGGUGGAAGAGACAUGCCACCGAGGAACGCGAGGGACGUGAACGAGAGAUUCAUGGAUGUACGGGAAAGGGAAAGGUUUCAGAUGGAUCGGCCAGGUUUUAAUAUGAGUCCCAUGGAUGUCAGGUCAAGAGGUCCCAUGGAACCCUUUGACAGAAACGAUAACCUCAGGGGGCUGAGAGACAGGGACAGGCCGCGAAUGGGCAUGGAUGACAUUGAUGGCUUUAGCAUGGACGCACCUCUGCGUGACAGGGGAAUGAUGGACUUCGAUAGGAGAGGAGGUGCCCCACCAGUGAACCCAAGGGGAAGAUUUGAAUCCGAUAUAGAUUUAAGAAAUCGCAUGGGACCAUCAGGCGGCGACUUCAGAGAUAGGUCUCCCCUGACAUUCCGAGACAACGACGGUGUUCCGAUGGAUUCCAGAGGAAGGCAAGACAUGCCCCCAGAUCUUGGGAAUAUCGAUAGACCUUCACUGAGAUCAGAACCCACUCUUAGGGACAGGGAGUUCCCAGAACCUGGAGAUGGACACAUAGGUUUCAGAAGCAGAGAAAAUGAAUCCCUUGCGGAAGAGUGGCGCAAACAUGGUGUGAGAGAUGCGUCUUUCCCACCACUGAUGGGCAGGGACCCCAGAGAUGUUCCAGAAGGACGAUUUUUACCUGGCAGAGGCAGGGAAAACGAUGUAAGGGAGCCGCCUAAGUUUCCGGAGAGAGACAGGCCCCUCAUCGAGUUUCCAGGAAAAGGUGACGGGUUACUGGCUUUCCCUCGGCCAGAGAGAGAUGCCGCAGGACCUCAGAACUGGGAGAAGAACGCUCCCAUGGAUGGUUUUCCCAGCCGAGAUUCACCCAAGAGUGUCCAGAAAGCCCCUCUUUUGCCUUUGGCACCACCGGUGGCUCUUCCGGACGGCAGUGCCAAACCCUGGGUCAGAGAUCAGGGUGGAAAGCCUGACCGAAACACGUCCCUGUUAGGUAGACCUCCAUACCUCCUAGAAAAGAACCUACCAACACCAGAGAGCCGUUUCCAAGUUGACCGCGCACAUUUCAAAGGACCCAAGGACAUGACACCUGAUCAGGGCAGUCAGAGAGGAAGUUUGAUGCCAGGGCCCAAGGAUCUACCAAGCAACAGUGGAGGGCAGCGUCGAGAUCAGGACUACAGGGACAUUGACUACAGAACUGCCUCAGGACGGAAAUUUGACCUUGACCUAGGGAGUCUUCCCGGGCCGGAAAAGGAUCUAAAAGAACCUAAGCAGGGCCUGCCUCCACGACUGAGCGACUCCACUUCCAAGGAUCAGGAUUACAGGAACGGAGCUGUGCAGGAUAAGGUUUCGAAAACCAUCUCCAUCUCAGGAAUUCCCAAGACUGCCACAAUGCAGCAGAUCCUUGGUGCUUUUGCGGUCCGUGACGGAGUGCCCAUGCAGGGCAUGAAAAUACGGAACGUCGUACCAGGUUACAGCUACGAUACGGCCUAUGUGGAGUUUUUAAACCUCGAGGACGCAGUCCACUUCAUGGAGUCCAACCAGGGCUCCGUGAAGGUUGGCUCCAAGACGGCACUGCUGAAAUACAUCCAGCCCAGUGCCAGCGCUAAAGAGGAACAGGAGCGUCACCAUGAGCCGUCAAUCAAACCACCGUUGGUCCCACAAGAACCUCUGUUGCCGAGCCCCGUUCCGCCCCAGCCGCCAGCCGUGAAAGAGGACGUCCGCGGUAAAAACCAGAGUGAGCCGCUGUCUCAGGGCGCCUGGCAGCGGAACUCCACCCUGACCCCCGAGGCCUGGCAGCAACAGGUCGACCAGCAACUGCAGCAGCAGCAACAAGAGGCGGAGCAAGAGACCGAGGCCUGGGCCAAUCACAGCGCGCCACGUCACAGCCUGCCAAACAGCGACCCUAUCUUUAAGGAGAGCAAGACUAUGAUCAUUAAAAAUGUGAAGCCCACAACCACAGUGGAGACCAUCCUCAAAGCCCUGGACCCUUACGCCUACCUGGACGAGCGGAAUGUCCGACUGGUUAAAGGCAAACCUCCAGGCUCCAAAUGUUUCUGCUUCGUCGACAUGGACUCUCACGAGCAAGUGACGCGUCUGGUGGAGCUGCUGACCAAACCGAGGCCCAUCAUGAUCGACGGGGUCAGGGUGUAUGCCGAGGUGGCCAAACCCCUCAAAAACCAGAAUUACAGGAAAGAUUACGAGAAAUCAAGCACGUCUCUGCUGGGCUACCCGCCCGACAUCAUGGAGCAGCAGCAACAGCAGCAGCAGUCUUUCACUCCACCCACUGUCCCUCCCAUGGGCAUUCCUACAGCCCUCCCAGGUGGCCCAAUGCUGACAGCAGGAGGAAGUGUUGCCGUGGGUUCUGACCCGCUCCAGGCCCCUGGCCUCAUACAGGGCGUGGCCCCCGCCUUCCCCCACCCUUCAGCAGUGGACCAGUCCUUCCCCCCCGUGGACCCUCAGGCUGGCGCGAUGCCCGACCCUUUGCUGGCAGUGCCCUCAGACGCCGCCGGUCCCUACGCCUAUGACUCCGACACUCCGGACCUGUCUGCCUACCUGUACGAUGCCACGUCGGGUUUUUACUACGACCCUCAGACCACACUGUACUAUGACCCCACCUCACGGUAUUUCUAUAACGCUCAGACCCAGCAGUACCUCUACUGGGACAACACCUCUAAGACUUAUAUCCCAGUGCCGGGUUCGGGUACGGAGUCCCAGGAUACGGGCGCUGCAGAUGCCGGGGUUCCCAUGGCAGCGGUCGCCGAGGCGACGCCCACGGCAGCCGCGCCGGCCGUGCAAGAGGAGGAGGGGAAGAAAGUCGUUGAGGGUGCUCCUGAGAAGAGGGGGGAGGAGGAGGAGGCGGCGCAGCGGAGUGAAAAGAAAGAGAAAGACAAAGAGGAGAAACCGAGAAGCUUAGCCGCGUUCAAGAUCAUGAAAGACAUGGAACGUUGGGCGAAGAUCCAGAAUCGUCAGAAGGAGAGCGUCCGGUCUCCGUCGCCCGUCCUGAAGACGGGGGGUUCCUCAGAAGACAGAAAGACGUCCAAAGCCGCGGACGCAGCCUUUGCCGUGUUUGAGAGGAAGGGUGCCGGUGGAGAUGACCUCUUCAAGAAACCCCUCGCCCCUCCCAAAAAAGACGAGAAAGCCGCAAAGCGUCCCAUGGGCUCUCUGGGCAUGCUGGCGGCUGACUACGGUGCGGGCAGUGACGAGGAAGAGGAGGAGAAAACCACACACGAAGCUCCGCGGCCUCCCAAGGCCCAGGCGCUGCCGCAGGAGAAAGAGAGAGAGAGGGAAGACAAACUGACAGACUGGAAGAAGAUGGCCUGUCUGCUCUGCAGGAGACAGUUCCCAAAUAAAGACGCUCUGCUUCGCCACCAGCAGCUCUCUGACCUGCACAAGCAAAACAUGGAGAUUCAUUUGAAGAUCAAGAGGUCAAAGAGAGAGCUGGAGGCACUGGAAAACCAGGAGAAAGAGAUGAUCGCCAGAGAGUCCAACGGAUCUCCUGAGACCAAGAGGAGGAAGCAGCACAGCACGUGGGCCAGUGGCUCCAGGGAAACACACAAGUCCAGUGAGAGACCAGGACUGGGCCUGGAUACCACAGAGAGGAAGAAGAAGGAGCCUGUUGUCUGGAACCAUGCGACGUAUAAGCAGGCCGUGCGUAAGGCCAUGUUCGCCCGUUUCAAAGAGCUGGAGUGAACUCUGCCGUGGACUGAGAACCGGUUCAGAACCGGUGAAAUAAAUGACCGAAUUCUCGAAAAAAAGAACCAGAGAGCCAAGCAGACCAGCACAGGAUCGGAUGUACCGCGGACGGUUAUUCAAAACGAUCGAUCUCGAACCGAUGGAGGGCUUUCAGGGCAGAGGGACCUUCGCCAGCGUCUGUGACCGACGCAGUAUUCCUGCUCACUCGUCAGCCAAACUCUGCCAACAAACCUUCAGUCCUUCUUAGACACAUACACACACUUUGUUUUUUCUUUUGUUUUUUUGUUUUUUUGGUGAAACUGUACUUUUGGCCUAUUUUUAAAUGGAUUCUUGUUUUACAGAAUAGAUCACAGCUUUGUACUCUGUGCAUAAUUUUGUGUUUUUUUUUUAAUGUGAAAGUGAAAAUGCAUUCGAGUCAGGGUAUCCUGUGCUCGAGUGACUUAUUGUAAUUGUAUAUAGUCCACGAGUCAAUAAACAGUCAGUAUAUGACUGCA